UUAUUGAUGACAUUGAAUGACAUUGGAACGGUGCUAAAAAUAAACAUGACUUCACAAGCUCUCGUGUUAACAAAAUGUCCGGCGAAAUAUUUUCAUUUUUGCUGAUUUAUUAUCACCCUUUAAUCUUUAACUUCAUUCAUAACUCUGAAGGUUAACCGGUUUAAUGUAAACAGUAGUACACGAUACGCUAGAGUAAACAUUAUUGGUUAACAGACAAUCCUUGUCGUGACGUAUGCAUGCAUGAUCGUGUGACUUCGUCUGCAGUUCAUAACAAAUUAGCGCUGAAAACAGCAUGGGUGAAAUAAAUUUUAUUUUGUGUUUAUUCGUUUAUUCAAAUAUAUUGUUUAGUACACAGUUUGUUCAUUCUUCCGUUACUCAAAUAAAAUGUUCCGCAUCAGAUAAUGUAAGAUGGAAUAAAUUUAAAAAGGAAUGUGUGAUAUGUCCGGACUGUCCGCCAGGAACGUUUCGAAAUUUUACAGAACCGUAUACAAGACGUACGGGUAUCCAUGGUGACGAGCAGUGUUUGCAAUGUAGACCAUGCCCAGAUGGAAAAUACUCAGAAAACGGUGUCGGGGAGUGCAUAAAAUGCAGAAUGAAUUGUACAGAAAUGAACCGGGAAUAUGAUGAACUCUGUUCCAGCGUACAAGAUGCUAAAUGCGGCAGCUGCCUUUACGGUUUUGAAGAUACUUAUAGACAUACAUUAUUUCCCUGUAGUCCUAAAAAGUCUUUACGGCUACUGGAACCCUCUGAAGAUAAGGCGAACCAGCUACAAAACCUACCAGACAAACAAACAAGCAAACGGGAACAAGCUGUAGAAGUCAGAGCGCAUACAGGAGAAAACACAGACAAAGUACCUGGCGAAACGAUAGCAAUAGUCACGAUAUCAGUUGCACUUAUUUUGAUUGUUACUGUUACAACGUUAAUUUUGAAACGGAACAGAAGUCUAGCGAGACAAGGUAUAUAUAGUAAUGUUAAUAUCUUGUGCGACGACCCCGAUGUUGAAACUGAUGCUGGGCACCAGGACCACACCAUUCAAAAAUCACAAUAUCUGAAUCAAAUGACAGGCAAUGCUGUUAGGCCAGAACUUUCAGCAGCUGUGCAACCACUCGUUGUCAGACCAGAACUAUCCCAACCAGCAAAUACAGGACAAUUUGAUGGGAUGAUCCGAACUCUUCGACUUUCCGAUGGUAGUCUAGUUUCUUUUCAACUGAAAAAAGACUUUUGUGAUUGUCGUGUUAACAAGCAGUGUUUCUGUGAAAAGUACACAUUUCCAGUUUGUACUUUGGAUAAGUCGCACGAAUACAUAACGGUUGUCGCUACAGAGGUGUGUCAUGACCCUUUCCCAUUAUUUCGCAAGUUAGGGUUAAAGAAUUCUAUCCUUUAUCAGGAGAAUAACACAAGAGACAGAGAUCCGGAGAACAUUACACAAAAAGAACUUGUUACAAGACUUUUAAAUAUAUGGGUAGAAAUUAAAUCCUCCGAAGCUACAUUAUAUCAACUAUCACAAGCCCUUUGUAAAGCUGACUUUCACAAUAUCAAUAUGACACUUUAUAAUUUAUCUAAUAAAAGCAUUAAUAAUAGUAGUCCGUCAUAGAUACAUAUUUCAAUAUACUUACAUAAUUAAAAUCGUUAUCAGGGUCAUGUUAAAUCCAUAAGUAUGAUAUACCAUUUAUACAUUAACACGUACCCUACUUUUCAUGUGAACUGAUGUACGGAUAGCUGCUUUCUUCGGAAGUGUUUUUUUCUGUUUGACAUUGAUUUUUGUUCUUUUUUUUCCCAGAGUUUUCAUUGGUAGAUAUAGUUUUAUUAUUCAAGGUAAAUAAUUAUGAUUAGCAGAAGAGAAAAAGUGGCUGUUGCCUCGGCAUGCUCGACUCGCUUAUCAAGAUUGAUACCUAGCAGAGUUUUAGAUACAAAGCAAGAUAUUGAAGUGAUCUUCCACUAGCCCUUACUGAUGUACGUAGACUGCUGACAAUUGCUUGGGCAACAUAACAACAUAGACAUGUUGUUUCAUAAGGCUUUAAUGGAGCAUGUAUUUAACUUUUAGGAUUAAUGGUUUCCGAGACAAAAAUGCCGUUUUUCUAAAUUGUCAAUUCUCUUUGUGACUAUCAUAUGCUAUAACUGUAAGUCUACACUUAGUAUCAGUAUCAGAAUCAGUAUUUAUGUGCCAGUUGUUAAGAUAUUUGUUCUGCAUUGAGCAUUUUGAGUUAUCUGUUUGAUGUUUAUCUGAUUAAAGUUAAAUACGGUAUGUGCUUUACAUUAUAUGAUAACUGACGAAUUGGAAAUAUUUGUGCAUUUUACAAUUUUGUUACAUUCAUCGGAUUCAAUUUUAUAAUUAAACGUUUUCGAAGCAUAA